GGCUUCGUGGGGAUGCCGCCGGUGGGCUGCGUGCCGUCGCAGCGCACGCUCGGGGGCGGCCUCGCCACCAGGGCCUGCGAGCCCAAGCGAAACGAGGCGGCGCUGCUGUACAACGCCAGGGCCCAGGAGUUGAUCGCCGCCUUCAACAACAACAACUCCGACGUGCUGGUCGUCUUCCUCGACAUCUACCGCAUCCUGGACGACCUCAUGGAGCGCGGGGAGGAGUACGGCUUCUCCGAGACCACCAGGGGAUGCUGCGGCACCGGCACCAUCGAGGUCACGGGCCUCUGUGACUCCCGCUUCGUCUCCGUCUGCGAUGAUGUCUCGCAACACGUCUUCUUCGACAGCUACCACCCAACAGAGAGAGCCUACAGGAUCAUCGUCAACGACAUCUUUCUAAACUACGGACACGUGCUCUUCUCAUGAUUAUAUAUCACGUACUCGCUGUCUCUGUCUCUGGUAGCUGGCCCAAUCGACCCAACAGCAACCAAAUUAAAUGAGCCCAUCCUCCAAAUACCGCAGCCCAUUGUUACACUUAUUUCCUAUCAAAAAAAAUCAUAUACUGAGAUGCUUUUCUUACUGAAAUCCGAUUGCACUGCACACAAUACGGGUUCAAAGAAGCUUUCGUACACGUACUGCAAGUCU